AUGAUUGCUCGCCGUUUACAUAUUGCCAGAAUGCUCAAAAACCCCAAAAAAUGCUCGUAUUUUUUAAUUGAGCACCCAAGUGAGCCCAUCAUCAUUCCACUGUCAAUUUUUAUAACAUCGCUGUCAACUUUUAUCAAUUUGAUUGGAUUUUAUGUAAUUGUGAAAAAAUCUAAAAAGGAAACAAGACUGUUCAGAUUCACACUUUUCGGAGUUCAGUUUUCCCUCUGGAUUUCUCAAGGCUUCUGGGCAAUUUUCCUGAACACUCUGGCAUUUUUCCCAUUUCCGGCUCUUUCGGCGAAUAGUUUUUUCGGCAACGAUGGCUCAAUUCACAAUUUGUUCUAUGUCUGGGUGCUCUUGUUGAGCAUUUUUGCUGUAUUUCUAGUUGGCCAACUAAUUGUUCGCCACAGAAUGGUAGUCCGGCACGACAGUAUUUUUAAUUUUCCCCGAUGGUUCUACAUUAUUUUGUUAGCUGGCGGCUGGUCAGUUAUGAUUUCCAUAAUUCUACUAGCGUGGACAUAUUGUGACUCCGCGGAAAUUGCAAAAUUCGAGUAUGUUCGGCAAAACUUUCCCAGUUGCCUGAAGGUGUUCGAUUUGUCUGGAGUGCUAGUUAUCACCAAUGUUUUGGCACUUUACGCGAUGCUCGGCCUAAUGGUUAUAGUUGGCCUGGGAGCCGAAAGUGCCUACGCCGUUUCCAGUUUUCUGAUGCUUUUCGAAUUAUUUAAACAAACGAGCAAAAUGAGCAAGAAUGCAUUUGCACAUAUGAAAAAAGUGGUUGUAGACACUAUUGUGCAGAUUCUCAUCAAGUCCCUAUUUAUCUCUACAUGGGCAUUCUGGAUUGUUAUAUCCUACUUUGUUGAUAAGAACGUUGACACAAGAGCUGCGUCCACAAUCAUCAACUCGCUGUUCGUAGCCGCCCCGAUUCCCGGAACUAUUUCGAUGAUGGUUCAAAAUGCUAGCUACCGAAAAUUUAUAACCGAAACCAUAUUGCGCAGAAAACGUUCCGAAGUCAAUCCGUACCAAUCUACACUUCCAGGCCGUCUUUGA